AUACCAACUUCCAUUUUCUCGCCGGCUGGACUAACAUGGCGGCGUAUGGCGACCACAACAACUAUUUUGUGAGAGAAAUUGAGAAACACGACGGCUCCGUCUUGAAGGUUAAUCAGUGUCAUAUGGGGGACGUUGGUUGCGUGGUUUGGGAUGCCGCCAUUGUUCUUGCUAAGUAUUUAGAGACGAAACUAUUUCACGAACCAUCUUUAGGAGUUAACUUGUGGGCUGGUCGAAGAGUGGUGGAGUUAGGGGCAGGCACUGGGGUGGUGGGAUUGAUGGCAGCAACACUCGGCGCUCAUGUUAGUGUGACAGACUUGGAGGAUCUACAGAGCCUCCUGAACAUCAACAUCCAAGACAACCACACACUCAUCCAUAAUGGAUCCAUAACUGCCAAGGUACUAAAAUGGGGUGAAGAUGUAUCUGAUUUCCUGCCGUUUCCUGACUAUGUCCUUCUGGCAGAUUGCAUUUAUUACGAGCAGUCGAUUGCUCCAUUGACAGAGACCUUGAAACUGCUUGCUGGACCAGAGACCUGCAUCAUCUGUUGCUACGAGCAACGCACUGAGGGCAUCAACCCAAAAGUGGAAAGGCAGUUUUUUGAGUUGCUGCAACAAAGUUUCCAUUGGGAAGAAAUCCCUUUGAGCAAACAAGACCAAGAGUUUAGUAGUCCAGACAUCCACAUUCUGCACAUCCAAAAAAAUGAAAGCUUGUAAGAUGACAUUUGUGUAUGAAUGAAAAAUCAAGUAGAUUUCAGUAAAUAGCUAAUUAUUUGGGUGCUGUGUUUAACAUAUUUUAUAAUUAUCUGCAAGAUAAUAAUAAUAAAAAAUAAGUGGUGAUAGUUUGAUUGGCAACACAAAAAAUUGGCCCUAGUGUGUGAAUGUGAGUGUGAAUGUUGUCUGUCUAUCUGUGUUGGCCCUGUGACGAGGUGGCGACUUGUCCAGGGUGUACCCCGCCUUCCGCCCGAAUGCAGCUGAGAUUGGCUCCAGCACCCCCCGCAACCUCGAAAGGGACAAGUGGUAGAAAAUGGAUGGAUGGAAGUCAUGUGAGUGAUUUCCACUACAGUCAAAGCACUGCCUGGUUUGAACACAUGGGGGUGCUAAAGGCCACAAAAAUACAAAGGGGUAUAUUUUAGUUAUUUGAACGCUUGCAAUAAACUGCAAUUUUAUGAGUCAGAAAUGUAUUAUUUGUUGCAUGAUUGCAGUCUGUCACGUGACUACCAGGAUUAGCUUCUGUGAUUAUAAGCUAUAGUCACAUAAGAACUACAGUCUUCUACUUAAAUAUGUACUCCAAUAUUUAUUUGCUUAAGCGUAUGCCAACUCUCGUGCCAGUGCUGCUGCCCGUCUUUUUUCCUCCGCGUAAGGGAAAUUAUUUUAUAGGCGUAAACCAUGAAGUACGCCACACACUCCCACAGGCAUGCAAGGGCCUCUUGCAGUCAGUCAUGCGGCUUACUGUGUGCAAUGCUGCACUUUAAUGCAACAACCAAUAUGGCCCCCAAACUGUUGUCGCAAUUAAUACUAAAGAGAAUUCAAUGCGGCAAUACUGGUCUGUAUGCACAGCCUGCUCACAUGACCACCUGUGUGAAGUUGCCCCCCGCUCCCCCCAUUGCAAAUAUUAAGAAACCACUGCCGUCUGUGCUGGUUUGUGCCGUAAUAUUUUUCGUUUGUGUUGUUAAUCACAAAAUGAUUCCCGAGCGCGGCCACCGCUGCUGCUCACAGCUCCCCUCACCUCUCAGGGGGUGACCAUGGGGAUGGGUCACAUGCAGAGGAUAAUUUCACCACACAUAGUGUGUGUGUGACUAUCGUUGGGAUUUUAACUUUACUUAAAGUUUUAAGGUAAUUUUUAACCGUGUUCAAAUCCCACCAAACUUAUCCUAAAUGUGAUGUGCGGAUGGAUGCUGAAAAGUCAAUACCACAAAUGUGUGUGAAUAAUAAAAUGUUAAUAGCAUUUAGGCCUGCAGUGACUAAUCGAAUAAAUUGAUUAAUUAUAUUUUAAGAAGAUUUGAUUCAUAUUGUGUUGCUUUGAUUAAGUGUUUAAUGAGUCUAACUCAUAACAUUUUAUGAAAUCCAAACCACAUGGGGUACCCGGAACUAAAAAUAUGUGAAAUUUGUUUUAGCACAGCCACUGCAAAGGAGUGCACAUGAGAACGGUGGUGUGUGUGGGCCGUGAUCGUUUUUUUUAUUUUUAUUAAUGCACGUGUGAAAUUUCAAUGUUGAUUAGGGAUGUGCGAUAUAUCUGGUUUUCUUUCCGAUCCGAUACCGAGUAAAAUUCUGGCGAGUAUUGGCGAUACCGAUCUGAUACCAAUACUUUGUGCAAAUAUACCUAAUGUGUCUGUUAAAUAAAAAAUAAA